UCACUUCAAUCCUCACAAACAACUUUUACCAAGAUAUCUUCCUGACAGAGAUAGCACCGCCUAAUUCAUCGCUUUUGUUUUCUUCUUCACAGAAUUAAACCCUCAUCAUCGAACUUAAGGAGUUGUAUCUCCACCAUUGAACCGACUUUCAGCCCUUUUUCAUCGGUUGUCAAUUGACUUCCUUAGAACCUACCUGUCUCCACCGACCACACAUCUGAAUCUACGCAACAAAACGAACCACCGCUUUCAACAUUUUGAACAUAACACGUUGAAUUCUAGGUUUUAAACGCACAGCAAACGUACAAAGUAUAAUUACACAAAAGAUGAAGAUAGCAUCCACUGCCGUUGCCGCCAUGGCCCUCGCUGCCGAUCCUACUGGAGCCUUUUCGUUCACGGCACCCGCCGUCGGCAAGACCGUUGCCAAUAGUAGUAGCAGCAGCAGCUCCCGAUUGAGCAUGGUUUUAGAAAAACCUAAGGCACCAAUCAAGAAGAUUUCCAAGCUUGAGAUUUUGAAAUCGGAAUCCGCGAAUCUUUUGCAUCCGCUCAAGGAGGUAAGAUACGUUAAGUUAACACUGGCAUUCAUUACUCGAUGAUACAGUCGGCGUAGCAGAAUUCGGACGAAGCGAAUGGAUCAUGAAUCAAUUGGUAGAAUGGCUACCACAAAUAAUUUGGAAAAGAAACGAAAGAAGAGAAGACUCGAAUUGGAAAUUCAUUCAAAUCGAUUGAAAAAGUCCAAUUCGAAAUGUUUGGAUUAUUUCACCCGUCUUCACUGUAUCUGUCUUGCAUGGAGUACAUCAUCAUUUCCAGAGACCAAGUGAUGCAGUAUACAUCCUUUCUGGAGGUUUAUGCCAUGCCGACUUUAUCUUUAAAGAGUUAUUUGUUUUCUCGCCAAAAGCAUUUAGAUACUCACCUCUGACUCAUUCUCCAUUUCCACCAACUAAAAAAAUGAUUUCGCUUUACAUAGGAAUUAACAACCGAAAGCAUCGGGAUUUCCAAAGAUGCGUACCAAAUUAUGAAAUACCACGGCUCUUACCAACAAUCCAACCGAGAAAAAAAGUCUAAGGUCAAGGAUUACCAAUUCAUGCUCCGUCUCAAACAACCUGCUGGAGAACUUCCGCCCGAUCUGUACCGUCUAGUUGAUGAUCUUUCCGCAAACCACGGACAAGGGGAUUUGAGAGCAACCACACGCCAAUGCUUCCAGAUACACGGAAUCAUGAAGGGAUCACUAAAGACUGUGAUUUCUUCCAUUAUGAACAUCGGAUCUUCUACUGUUGGCGCUUGUGGUGAUGUUAACCGUAACGUCAUGACAACUCCUGCACCAUUUGUGUCGAAGGACUACGAAUAUGCACGCGAGUAUUCAAAGGUCUUUGCACAUUUGUUCCGACCCAUGACACCUGCCUUUUCUGAAUUGUGGCUAGAUGGAGAAAAAGUUGCAACUGCCGAACUCUGGGGAAAAGAGGUCGAAAAGCACAAUAUUGACGAGGCGAUGACCUACGACAGCGGACGAGGAAUCAUCCUGGACCACCCAGUUGAGCCUCUGUACGGAGACCGAUACCUUCCUCGAAAGUUCAAAAUCGGUGUUACCGUUCCCGGCGACAACUCUCUCGACAUUUACACGAACGACAUUGGCUGCGUUGUUAUCACCAACGAUGAGGGUGAACUCGAGGGAUUUAACGUUAUGGUAGGCGGAGGCAUGGGUCGAACUCACAACAAAGAAACCACGUUCGCACGUGCCGCUGAUCACAUGGGAUUUGUUCCCAAAGAAGACAUUAUGGAAUGUUUGAAGGCCAUUCUCGCUGCCCAGCGUGAUCAUGGUAAUCGCGAUGUCCGAGCAAAUGCCCGCAUGAAGUACCUUGUUCAUACUCUUGGCAUUGAUAACUUUACAACCCUAGUUGAGUCCUACUUUGGCAAGAAAAUCCAACCGUGGAAGGAAAUCCAAGAAUGGAAGUACAACGAUUGGAUGGGAUGGUGGGAACAGGGAGAUGGAAAACUCUUCUACGGACUUCACGUCGACAAUGGACGAGUCAAAGAUGAAGGCGACUUCAAACUCAAAUCCUGCAUGCGAGCCAUUGUCGAUAAAUACAACUUGCCUAUGAUCAUGAGUCCCACCCAGUCCAUUAUCUUCAAGGAUAUCAAACCCGAGGACAAGGCCGGAUUCGAGGCCAUUCUCGCGGAGCAUGGCAUCAAACCCCUCGAGGAAAUCGAUCCCCUCGCCCGUUUGUCCAUGGCCUGUCCUGCGCUACCCCUUUGUGGUCUUGCCCAGACCGAGGCAGAGCGCAUCAUGCCCAGCUACAUCGAACGAAUCCGUGCCGUCUUGGGCAAGCUUGGCAUUGACGACGAAGAAAUUCUCAUGCGUAUGACUGGAUGUCCCAACGGAUGUGCCCGUCCCUACAUGGCCGAAAUGGCCUUUGUUGGAGACGGCCCGAAGUCCUACCAGAUCUGGCUCGGAGGCUCUCCAGUUUUGACCCGAACUGCCUGGCCCUUCAAGGCGAAGGUGAAGAACGACGAUCUUGAGGUGAUCGUCGAACCAAUUCUGGCCAUGUUCAAGGAACAGCGACAGGAAUUCGAAGCCUUUGGGGACUUUUGCCACCGCGUGGGAGCCGAUGCCAUCGAAAAAUUCUCGGAAACAUACGAACCCAUUGCAGCAUAAUCAUAGACAAUAAAUACCUUUCCUACCGUAUAACACGAUAUAAUAAUAAAAUAACCAUAAU